GGUAGAUUUUGGUGAUACUCAAAGCUGUUUUAUAACAGUUACGCCGUUGCCUCUCAAGAUGGCUCCCGUGGAAACAGCAGAAGAUGCUAGUGCGAACAAACGAAAACGAGAGACCGAUGAGCAUGGCAAAAGGAAACGAGCAAAACGCCAUCGUCGAACUUCCAAGAGCGCCCCAGCCAACGGCCAGCCGUCGCAGGAAACAACAACUGGCAAAGUCGACGGAGCCAAUGGAGUCAAUGGUUCAAAUACGUCAUCUGGUGACUUAGAUAACAUGAACAAUCCUAAUGCGAGAACCGACAACGCCUCUAUCGCGAAAAAGGAGAAGCAACAGCUUCAAGCUAAAGCAGAAGAACAUGAUCAGACCAGCGAAGACCAAUUGUCGACAUGGAAGGUUUCCAAACCUAUGGGAGGAAGGAUGCUGAACAUUGACCCGAUAUUAACCCAAGAUGAAAAAUACCUGAUAAUCGCAUACAACACCUCUAUCCAAAUAUACUCGACUGUAGAAUCCCUUUUGGUACGCAAGAUUCCGCUGCCACAGCUAGAAAAGGAGACCGUUGGGCAACAGGUUGUUUCCAUUUGCCUGUCCCCUAGCUCACCAAAUCUCGUAUGGGUCGCAUCGUCUGCAGGUCACCUAUGGCUGAUCGACUGGACAAAUGGUGACGGAGCUGAGACGGCAUCCAAACUGAAAUGCGAUCUUUUAGGCGAUAUGUCCGUCGAUUCCGUCAAGACUGGCCCCAAACUCCGAGAUGUGCCAUUCGUAUCCAUUGAUAAGCGCGGUACCUGGCAAAUUAUUGCUUGCCAUGUUCAAGGGUCUAAGUUGGUCUCCCAUAAAACUCUCUUAACCCAGGCGGAACCGAUUUUGGAUUUACGAUCUAUUCGAAAUGGCUAUGCCUUAGUCGCCUCAUCAGAGCGGAAUGUCUUGUUCGGCAUGCGAAGUUCUACGUCGGCUCCUUUGCAGGAAUUAGAAUACGAAUUCUUCACUCUAAAUGGCAGCGAUGAGAUCACAUGCUUAGAUGUGAGGGUGACAGAUCGUGUACAUCUCAAUCGAAAGAGCCAGACAGAAGCUGGCAAUGAACCUGUCGUGGAAAUCGCGGUUGGCUGCGCUCGCGGAGCUGUGUUCUUCUACAACGACCUUGUACUUCAACUACGCUGGCUACACAGCUCUAAGGGGCACAGAACUUCCCUCCAACCCCGGAAAUAUCACUGGCAUCGCAAGGCAGUCCAUGCUAUCAAAUGGUCACGGGAUGGUAAUUACAUUAUCUCUGGAGGGUCUGAGUCGACCUUGGUCCUUUGGCAAUUAGACACACAGAAGAUGGACUUUUUACCUCAUCUCCCGGCAACAAUUGAGAACAUUGUAGUUUCGGAGCGUGGCUCCGCUUACGUUGUUCAUUUAGACGACAACUCGGUUAUCGUCCUGUCAACGGCCGAGAUGAAACCUACGACGUAUAUAUCUGGGAUACAGGCCCUCACCUAUCCUCAGCCAUUGUCAAAAGAUGAUAUGGUCCGAAGGGUUGGACAACAUUCUCAGACUCGGUUAUUGAAAACUCCUGCAGCUAUCAAUCCGGCAGACUCGUCACGAAUUCACUUUUGUGUAGGGAACGGACAGCAGAUCAGCCAUUCUCGAAGUGGCCCAUCAAUUCCGUUAAUACAAACGGUCGACCUCACCACUUUGCAAGGUGUCUCGAAACAGGCCCUAACAAGAACGAACCCGACGGAUAACAACGUGACAGCCAAAGGGCACACGAUAACAGAACCUCGUAUCACCAAUAUGGCAUAUUCGGCAGAUGGGAAAUGGCUUGCUACGACGGAUGAAUGGCAACCACCUACGCGAGAUGUCGACUCUCUUGAAGGGGCACCCGCCGAACGGCGCGAGGUAUACUUGAAAUUCUGGGCCGUUUCGCCAGAAGAUCAGAGCCUAGAGCUUGUAUCUCGUAUUAAUGCGCCACAUUAUACGGGUCGAAGUGAGCCCGUAUAUGGCCUGGCUGCUGAUCCGAAUGCGCACCGUUUUGCCAGCGUUGGGGAAGAUGGAGUUGUCCGGCUUUGGGAGCCUAUGGUGAGACAACGCGACGGAGUACUUGUGAAGGGCAAGAUGAACCGCCAAUUAUAUAGUUGGACAUGUUCUCGGCCCAUAUACCUUCAAGAAAAUGAAGAACCAGUCAACCCAGAUGCGAUUGCUGUCCAAGCUUUUCAACGAGGCUCAGGUGCGGUCACUUUCUCCGAAGAUGGGUCUACUCUGGUCUGCGCUAUCGGGACCAUGCAUGGCUCGACUGUUCACAUUAUCGACACAGAAUCUGGUAAGGUUCGGAAUUCGAUCGACGGUUUAAUAGCAGGGGAUAUUCGGGACAUAAGGAUUCUAUCCUCGACCUUGGUUGUGCUCUCGGAUCGUCUUAUGGUUUACGAAUUGGUCUCUGACGAGCUACUCUACGGAGUUCAAUUGAGGACAAGCGAAGAUCCCCACGGUCCAGGUCCCUCCGUUCUGACGCACAUGGCGGUCGACUAUCGGACUUCAACUUUCGCGGUGGCUGUUUCGCGGAGCAAGCCAUAUUCACAAUAUAUUCACUCAGAACUUGCUAUUUUCACGCCAGAUCAAAGUAAGCCGGAAAUGAUACGCGAAUUUCCACACCCAAUAAUAUCAGUUGUUGCUGCAGUUGGAUCUAGUGGAUAUAUCGUCCUAGAUUCCGCUGCCCAGCUAUGGUCCGUUAGUGAAAGCAUGGAUACCAAGUCCCUCGCCUUUGCUCAACCACUCGUCGACCUCAACCUUGACCAAGUGAACACCGAAGAACGCACAGAGGACGGAUCUACUUUAGCAUUACUUACCGGAGAUGAUGACGGACCAGCGAGCGGAGACGAAAUGGACGUCGAUGGACCAGACGAUACAGCUGAUGACACCUAUCCCGUUGUUAUCGCUCCACAGAGGCUAGCAGAGUUAUUUGAUACCGCACCGGCAUUCGCUAUGCCGCCGAUCGAGGAUAUGUUUUACCAGGUUACAAAACUAUUCUCGUCAAAUUCAGUUGUACCGGCUUGAACGCCGUAACUUACGGAUGAUACUAAUAAUUCACACAUUACGGAGACUACUCGUAUCUGUGUCGCCACUUCUUCACGACAGCAUUACGCCCAUAGCUCUAGGGACCAGUUGGAGUAGUUGAGAAUGGCUGGGAAAAUCGACGACAGUGAAGUAUAGGAGAUGCGGAAAUACCCACAGUACAUUUGAGAGUUCGAUCAAGGCUUCGCCAGAAUAAACCUAUAUAUCCUACGCCGCCUUGAGUUAAAAGUUAUUGUGAUCUAUUAUCGGGGCGCUCGUUGUACAAAAAGCUCUGUAUGCAUGGAAUUAUACGGAUUGGUUCAGAAUAGCGAAAAAAGGGAUCCGGCGCAAGUUUUCAUAGACAAGACACUAUGCCCGGUCAGGGUCGCUAUCACGACUCUAUUCUACCGGCCAUAGGAAAGACUAUAUGAAUAUAAAAGUUAUUUCACGUACCUAUCGCGAUAUCCCCUUACAUCAUUCCAUACGCCAACUCUAUACUUUUGUCAGCUCGUGGAUUGCACUGAAAGAAAGCGCCAAUCCAACCGAUACAUGAAUAUCCAUGUACCUACCUAGGUAGGUAUGUA